AUGUCUGCCACGGGUGCUCAACUAGGAUCAAUUUGCGGUUUCUCAACCCGUCUUUCACUCCGAUGGGUUCCUGAAAUUCCUGAGGAGACGACUGAUACCAUUGUUCUUUCUGUGGGAGAAUGGUUCGUGGAUUUGCGAAUGGAUAAGAAAUCCGGCGCCAUUGACUGGGCAAUGGCCGGUACUAGAAUUGAGGAGAAUCCCAAAGAAAUUCCACUCAAGGUGCUCUUCACGCGCGAGUUGGACUCCCUGAAUGAGAUCGGUAUCGUGGAUAUUGGCAACUUCAGUCCCCAGGCCGAUGGUACCGACCUCGAGUGCGGAGAGAUGCCCCGGGCGGAUCUGCCCGGUGAGCCCAUGACGGCUUUUGAAGAAGUUUGGCAAGAGCUGCUCUUCAAGGAGGGUCCUGAAGGAGCGAAGAAAGGAAUCUCCUGGAUUCUGGAGUCAGAUGAUGCUCCUCUGGCCGUUGGUGAGCAAAAAGAGGUGACUGUGACCAAGGUCUUCUUGGGACGGAUCUGGGGAACCUACUUGGCACUCCAGCAGACUCAGACACAUUCCGGCCAGAAGGAUCAGGCCGGUGCCUGGUCUCUCAAGAGGUCCGGAGGUGAAGUUAGUGCGAGAAGGGAAGAGUGGGGUUCUGGAUGGGAGGAGAAAUAUGUCAUCGGCCCUGAUGCAGGUGACGUACCAUCAAUCAAAGAUGGGUUUGAUGGAGAGGGUAUUGGCGCAUGGAGGAUCCCAGGGGAGAAGGUGGUUAUCAAGGGGAAAUCAUUCAUUGUUCGGGUCUUUGAGGAAAUUCACUGA